AUGCAGCUUCUUCCGCCCUUCAUUUUCAUUCUUAUAUUGUCAGCUUUCUCCUUUAGGAUUUCGAGCGCUGUGGUUUGCAGAAAUGGACAAGAUGCUGCGUCCAAAGUUGCAUACACCCUUACUGUGAACAAGUAUAGCAAGCCUGGCCCUGCAAUAUUUAAUACCAUUGAAGCCGCCAUUAAUACCAUUCCUCCCAAUAAUGAUCAAUGGGUUCGCGUGUUUAUUUCUCCGGGCAUAUAUAAUGAAAAAGUAAGUCUUCUUCAGUAUAGACAUUGCAUUUUCCUUGAAGGCAAAGGACAUCAUCUCACAAUUAUUACGUAUAAUGACCAUGAAGAAACAGAUCAGAGUGCCACGUUUACGUCGUAUGUAGAAAAUCUUAUUGUCAAAGGCAUUACCUUCAAGAACUCCUUCAACAGGCAGGGAUAUCUGGAUUUCUACAAUAAAAGAACGAAAGGAGAGGUUAAGAUAAAACAAGCAGUAGCAGCCAGAAUCUAUGGCGAUAAAUCUGCUUUCUAUGGAUGUGGUUUCAUUGGAUUUCAAGAUACACUGUGGGAUGCCACGGGACGUCAUUACUACAAGAACUGCUACAUUGAAGGUGGCGUAGAUUUUAUAUGGGGCACUGGCCAGUCCAUUUACGAGGACUGUCUGAUAAAUGCUACAGCAGGAACACUGCUUUCUCCUGAUUCAGUGAGUUACGUAACAGCCCAAGGUCGAAAUUCAUCAGGUGAGACUUCUGGCUUUGUGUUUAGACGAGGUAUUGUGUUUGGGACAGGAAGAAUUCUCCUAGGAAGAGCUUAUGGUCUUUACUCUAGAGUUAUCUUUCAUAACACAAUAUUGGAACGAGCCGUAGCCCCUGAGGGCUGGGAUGCAUGGAACUCCAAAUGGCAUGAGGAUAAGUUGACGUAUGCUGAGGUUGAUUGUAAAGGUCCUGGAUCAGACACUUCGAAGCGAGUUAAGUGGAUGAAAAAGCUUCGUCCCUCAGAGCUAUAUCAAUUUUCAACACCAAGAUUCAUCAACCAAGAUGGGUGGCUUGAUAGCCAACCAUUAUCAUGA